AUGAUAAAAGAUUUUGAUAAUAUUGACUACUUAUCAAGAAUUUUAAACAAUCAAAUUGUUCCAGUCAGAAAUGUAAUCGACACAAGACAGGAUCGUGAUAAAAGCCUACGCGAAAAAUAUUAUAGUGUUACUUUAGGUGAUAUGAUGAAGCAGGAUACGAAUUUAUUGAGUUUGUUAAGCAAUCAACAUUUGUACACCUUUUCACCGCCUGCAUUCGGCUUAACUAAACGACCAGGUGAUAAUUUUACACCAUGGCAAUGUGUUCUAGCUGAAGAGGCACCGCCUUUAGCUACAACUGUUUAUCGUCAAGCUGUUGACAAAGAAGACUUUGAUUAUUUAAUUGAUGAAAGUGGAAAACUUCAUGAGUCUAAAGGCGUUACUUCAAUUAGACGAUACUCACCGAAGAGUAAUCCGCCAACUGCAUUGGGAUAUUUAAAAGAAUCAAUUAAUCAGUUGGUAGAAGAUUCAAAAUUGAAUAACAAUCGAUUCGUGAAUUACAACAACAAUCUUUUCAUUUCUCCAAUUCAUCAGAAUUUAAUUGAAGAACGUUUAAAACGUUUAAAAUUAGAAGAGAAAAUGUUACUGCAAGCAGAAAAAUUAGAUAUGUUAGAGAGAAUUAGAAAACCUGUCUCAAGAUGGUACACUAUCAAAACGCCCCAGUUCUUCUAUGAAGCUCGUAAGCAUAAUCAACUGCUAAGAAAAUCAUCAUAA